AUGUCAGAUGAAGAACAACAUUCCUUCCUCAACAAUUCUCUUCAAAGACCUCAAGAAGAUCAGGAUUAUACCGAUGGAAGUAGUAUAGAUCUUGCUCCGAGCAAUUCUGAGAAUGAAUUUGACACAGAUCGUGAAUAUCCGAAACCUGCAAGUUCCCUUCACGACGCAAUGACAGAGCAUUCCUCCAGUGUUGGUAUUGAAACUUUGGAAAAGACUGAAAUUGGUAUUAAUACAACAGAACCCUACAAAAUUCAUCCAAGACCCAAACCCUCUCAACCCAAACCAUCCUAUCAACUUCAAUUAGAGAUUUAUUACGGGGGUGGAAUGCCCAACAAAACAAUUAUCAUCAAUGUAUAUAACGAACAAAAUCCAAAGCCAUUCCUUGGUGGUUUUCGAAACACUCUCACUCAUCUCAUGUAUCAUCAUGCUGCCACACAAACCGAUUCUUCGAAACAAAAAGAUCCCAAUGUACAAUUAUUUCAUCGAGAAACACAAACAAAAAAAUUUACAACGAAGGGACAACAAACUCUGAGAGAACAAGGAACUCAGAUGGAAAAGCCAGGUCUAAACAUUGACACCUCAGAAGAUCGAAUUAUUUAUCCUUCAUCCAACUAUUUUGAUUCGGAAAUGUUAAAGCUAUUACAAAUUGAAAUGGCCAUUAAAAUUCAGAGAAAUGUCAGAAGAUGGAUUGCAAAAAGAAGAGUCGACAAGAUGAGAGAACACAAAUACAAGGAAAUUGAAGAGAAGGAACAUGCAAAGAAACAAAAAGAAAUGAAUGAUCAUCAUAAAAAGUAUAAAGAGAUCAAACGAAGAAUGCAUCCAAGAAAACCCAAUGAUUUUCAAAUCAUGUAUGAUGAGUUGGAAGCGUGGAGAUCUAAAGAGACUGAAGAGAUCAAUUCAACCACUCAGCCAGGAUCAAGAGAAAGGAAAGAGGCUUUGAAAGAAUUACUUCGAAAAGAAACGAAACUUCUUCAAACCAUUGAUCGAUUGAAAAUUGUAGCUGGACAACAAAAUUUAGGUCAAAAAAUUCAACAAGAUUUAGAAGAAAUGGCAAAACCAAAAGUCAUUUCUCGAAUCAAUACCACACGAGUGAAUUACAAUCGAGCACGAACAUGGAAAGAAGGUUCAAUUCCUCAAUCCACUUUUGAUGAAAGUAAUGUGAAUCACACAGAAAUAGAAACGCCCUAUACCAUUCGAGCAAGAGAAUUGAGAGAUUUAUAUUAUGGCCUCAAUACAGAAAUGUUAUCUGUGGAUGAACGUUUGGAUGUAUUAAUGCAUGUCAAAUGGACGGUCAAAGAAUUUGAGAAUGAUUCACUUUCAAAGGAUAUUAUUGAACUCAUUGAUAGAGAAGCAGAUUUAUUGAAUAGAGGAAGGAAGGAUAAUAGUCUCGUAGGAUUGCGUAAACGACUCUCUAAUUUAUUUUUACAAUUCAUUCAUGAACCCAAAUACAAUCCUGAAGCGAUUGUACUUGUUAAUCGAAAGAAGAAUCAAUUGAAAAAGAUGAUUGAAGGAAGAAGUGAAGAAGUGUUGGAUUCGAAUGAGGGUUAUGUCAUUGAGGCUCGACUGGACAGGACCAAUAGUGAUGAUCAUCAUGAUCUACCACGAGAAGCAUUUAUUGUUGAAGAAACCUUGUUGGAAUGA